AUGAUAUGUGCGAUUAGUGGGAAAUCACCUAAAAAUCCAGCAUUAUCAUUGAAAUCGAAAUGCAUAUUUGAGAAAACUUUACUUGAACAGUAUGUUGCAACUUCUGCCAAAGAUCCUAUCACAAAUGAAACUAUGACCAUGGAGGAUAUCAUCGAGCUUGCAAACACUCCGCAACAGGUGUCGAUGAUCAAUGCAUUGAAUUCUAGUACACUGAAUAGCAACUAUAGUAUCCCAAAUUUGUUAUCGACUUUACAGAAUGAAUGGGAUGCUGUCAUGUUAGAGAACUUUAAAGUAAGAAAACAAUUAGAUCUUUUUACGAAACAACUAUCGACUGCCAUGUAUGAAAGAGAUGCUGCCAAGUUAGUCGCAGCAAAGUUGUUAAGAGAAAAGGAAGACCUUGCUUCAGAAUUAAGUAGGUUGACUUCACAUAUUGCUAGUUCAGAGUCUAGUGAUUCAACUAUUUCGGAGCCACUGUACGGCUUAUCAAAAGACACAAAUAAAGAAUCUUCUGUAUUGCCAAUUCCAAAAGAGUUUCUUGAAAGAAUUAUUACAGAAUCUCAACAAUUCGUUCAACUUUCGAAAACUAACCAAGAUAAGUAUAAACUAUCCGGAAGUCAAAAAUUGGUUGAUAACAUUAAGAAAUGGGAUAUUGUACCUUCAUCUGGAUUAUCAGUUAUUAUGAAUUCGGAUAACGGUAACACUUUCAAAAAGGCUAUCCUCCAUAGUCGUACCAUCAAUAUCAUAGUUAACCCAGAUUUGAUUAAGAGUAUUGACGGUGAAUUUAUAGAUAAUAUAAAAUACUGCUAUUCCACCACCGAUGAUAAAGUUCUAUUAUACACCGAUGAUAGACAUCAAAUAACGAUAUAUAACACAGAGACCAAGGCAGCACAGAAAGUUGAAUUAACUGAUGUUGAAGACAUAAUAUUGCUUCGCAACCACCACCAAAUUGCAAAUGAUUACUUUCUAUGGGCUGAUAGCCAAGGCAAAAUUGGUUUGACAUCGAUGGAUUUAAAAAAAACUUAUAUAAUAACGGAAAAAUCAGAUGAAGUAACGAAUUAUCACAGUGCAGAUUUACACAAGGAUGGCUUGUUAUUAGCUCUAAUCAACGACAGAGAAGUCCUAAUCACAGACAUAACAAAACCUUCGGAGACAAGAAUCACCUUUCAAAUGGGGAAGGAAAUCCCUGACGACAACAGUACCAUAAAGAAAGUUCAAUUCAGUACCAACGGUUACUGGAUGCUUGUUGCGACCGAAAAAAAUGUCAUGGUCUUCGAUUUAAGAAAAGAUCCAGGAACUCUGGCUAUAGAGCCUUUCAACACAUCCGAAUUUGAAUUCUGGGACACAGACCCUUCCCAAAAGUACAUGCUCACAUUGGCCAAUUCCAAAAUAACAAUACAUACAUUUAAGAAAGCCACCAAGAAGUGGGAAGCACCAACAGGAAGCAACAACCAAUUCACGUUCCCAGAGCAAACAACAGAUGUCACGUCCUUUUACGUCCUUUGCAGCAACGGAAAAUUGACCCUGAUUAUGAAAACAAAAACAGAUAUAUCCAUAUGCUCAACUGUAUAA